AUGUAUGUAUGUUCAGCACCAGUACGAAUGCAAGCUGCUGGUCAACUACGAUGGUAUGCCACGGAAGAUAUACUACAAUACGUUUAUCGAUUACGGAACUACUUGAUCCAAUCUCCAGGGAAAUUAUCACCUACCUUUAUAUCGACUCAUCGCUUAAAUCCAAUAGAUACUAGUUUUCUCUUUGAUGGUGAUAAAAGAUUUCCUGCCCAAACUGUCUAUAUCUGUGAAGCUAUUGGUGGAUGGAAUGAUAUGUUCCAACGUCUUCGGUUGUUAACCUCUAUUAUUGUCCAUAAUAAUCGUCUAUUACGAGGGUAUAGUAAUAUUACUACACAAGGUGUUGCUGAAAUGACCUUACUCCGAAUCAUUGAUGAAAUUAUCCAAGCCUAUGAAGCUGCUGAAGGAUUCAUUGAUCGUGAUGCCUUUGAAGAGCGCUAUGAAUUGGAGUGGCAAGAUCAAAAUAAUAAUAACGAUGAUGAUGAUGAAUCAUGA